CACAACCACAACAAGCCAUCUCUCACUCACUGCAAAAUCAGUCUCUCUUUAAUUAAAUUCAAAUCCUUUUAAUGGCGCCAAAGGCAGAGAAGAAGCCAGCUGAAAAGAAGCCGGUGGAAGAGAAGAAAGCCGCCGUCGCUGAAAAAGCCCCUGCCGAGAAAAAACCGAAGGCCGGGAAGAAGCUUCCCAAGGAAGCUGGCGCCGGUGCCACCGAUAAGAAGAAGAAGAGAAGCAAGAAGAAUGUGGAGACAUACAAGAUCUACAUCUUUAAGGUGUUGAAGCAGGUUCAUCCUGAUAUUGGGAUCUCAAGCAAAGCCAUGGGGAUCAUGAAUUCCUUCAUUAACGACAUCUUCGAGAAGCUUGCUUCAGAAUCAUCGAAGCUUGCGAGGUACAACAAGAAGCCGACGAUUACAUCGAGGGAGAUUCAGACGGCGGUGAGAUUGGUUUUGCCAGGGGAGUUGGCAAAGCAUGCUGUCUCGGAGGGGACGAAGGCUGUGACAAAAUUUACCAGUUCUUAGAUUUGGGGGUUUAGGGUUUAUGUUGAUGUUGAUGUUGGUUUAGGCUUAGGGUUUCCAGAUUGUAAAAUCAUUAUCUUUCUCGAUGAAUAGGUAUCAAAUGAAUUGGAGUUGAUAUUUUCUUGUGAAUCAUUGGAAUUUAAUUCAAGAUUUAUGUUUAAAGAA